GGAACUCAGAUUUCCCUAAGGAAUGUUACCACGUUGCUAAGCUUUGCAGUGUAUCUUAACAACCAGGGAGCCUCCUGGGCUCUUUGUAGCAACAGUGGGAGAAACUGGAGGGAGACAGUGAUAUUCUACUGGAUGCAUUAGACAUUAGGCUGUCUCUGCCAAUUAAAAAUUCCCAGCUCAAGUGCAAAAAUUUAAGGAAAUCAGUGACAACUCAGCAUAGCCCCAUUAUGAGGCUUGGAGUGUAUCAAUAGCCUUGAGUUCCUGUGAACAAGAUCACCUUCUUUAAAAACUGUCCUCAGGGUCAGAGCACCUCUGGAAGCGAAGUUACCAGGUAGAACCCCAAGACAUUUUGUGGCAACAGUGGAGAGGGGCAAACCAACAUCCCGAGAACAUGAGCCUCAAGUCCCCAAUGUCUGCUCCUCAGUUUGAGAGCAAAUGCAGCCAUAUUAUGGCUAGAAAUGGAGGUUGUUUUCUAGUCCGGCACACCCCUCAUCCCAGAAGGGUGUGCCACAUCAAAGGUUUGAAUAACAUUCCCAUCUGUACUGUGAAUGAUGAUGAGAACUCACUGGGAACAUUGUGGGGUGUUGGCCAGUUCAACCACUUAGAGAAGGAUGAGACACCAUUUGCCAAAUGCGGUUACCCACCCAGCACUGCGACCCUGGAGAGUCCUGUCAGAGAAGUCACACCGGCCCCAAACCAUAUCAAAAUGCCCCCUCGGCCUCAUUCUGAGCCCUGCAGAAAAAUCAGGGAGUGCUUCAAAACUUCCAGUGAGAAUCCCUUAGCAAUUAAAAAGGAAGAAAUUAAGGUAAAAAAGCCACUGUCACCUCCAAAGGCAUGCUCUACUGCUGGCUCUUGUUCUUCAGAGGUGAUGAGUACCAAGACCGACGUCAAAGAGAACACCAUUUGCAUACCAAACUAUCUGGAUCAGGAAAUCAAAAUCCUUUUGGUAACCUCCACAUUGCCUCACCAUAAGACUCACUACAAUAAAUUAAAGAUUCUGGCAAAGCUCUGUAACGUUUUACGUACUGAUUCCCUGGCGGAAGUUCUACAGUGGCUGGUUCAUGCCAGCACAAAAGAAAAAGAGUGGAUCUCAGCUUUGAUUCAUGCUGAAAUGGCUGAGAUAAAUUUGUUGACUCAACGAAGAAACAUCUCAGCAGAACUAGCAACAGAGAGUAGGAAGCCACCCAAAGUUAAAUCGCCCCCAAAUUCACCUGCAAAAUCUAAAGUACUGACCAAAUCGAGGGAAAGACAGCAACCAACCAGAGUGUCAAGUCAAGGAUCUGAAGGAAAUAAGGAAGUACCAAAAGAGGCUGAACACAGGCCUCCAUUUUUUAUAAGAAGAAAUAAGAUGAAAAUGCCCAUUGCAGAAUAUUUCAGCAGACCGAAGUCUCCUCCCAGGCCUAAAACUCAGGAAAGCAUAUCAACAAAACCAAUGUCAGCAAGAAGUAUACAACAAGGAUGCACUCUCUCUCCCCAGAGAGCAUUUUAUCCUUUAACAUUCCAAAGGUAGAAAUUCUGGACUGCGCUAUUUCUUUCACAAACAUGAUCUUCACUCCAUUACAACAUCAAAUUAUUUUUUAAAAAUAUUUUGGUAUCAAAGAAUCAAUAACUCCUCUAUUUGGUGGCACAUGUUCAAAGCACCUGUGUAUAAUGCUACUAAAUAAAUAUUAAUGGAGACAGUA